AUGGGAGAUCAUUUUAAGAUAAUUGACAUAUUAAUAAGAAAAUAGUAAUUUGAAAAGAGUUUAAAUAAGCUAGAAAAAAUGUAAAAUGAAUUAAAUGCUAAAUUAAAUAACCCUGAAGAAUGCUCUGAAACUGAAUUAGUAUUAUUUAUUAUUUAUGAGAUUCUUUAAAGUAAUAUUUAUGAGAGAUAUGCACAAAUCUUUAUUGAUAUCAAUUAAGUUUAUCGUGCUAUGCAAUAUUUGAUAAAUAUGAUUAAAAUAGAAAAAGAACUUUUCAAAACUUAAAAUGACAAAGAAAGCAUACUAAGACUAUGUAAUUCUUAUGCUAAAAUUGGUAAUAAUUAAUAAUAAUUUAAGGAAGAUGUUGCUUUUAUUGUUGUUACUAUGAAUAAACCUUUAAAUAUCUUGAUUAUGCAUAAUCAUUGUUGAUUAAACAUAAUCUAACAAAAACAGGUGUAUAUGCUAUGACAUUAACAUAAUUGGGAAAUUAUUAUAGAUUUAUGUUUCAAGAUGAAUUAGCAGAGUAAAUGCUAUUUGAAAGUAUCAAAAUUAGAGAAGAAUUAUUUACAAGAUAAUCAAUAGUAUUAUAUAUAUAUAUAAAUUAUAGGAAGUAGCUGAUUCUUUACAUGGAUUAUCAUAACUAUUUUCCGAUGAAGGUAAAAUAGAUGAAGCAAUGAAAUCCAUUUCAGAAGCUAUUUCUAUAUGGACAGAUGUAUUAGGUUAUUAACAUAUCAAAACAGCUAAAUCUAUUUAUUUGAAAGGUAAUUUAUAUUUAAGAAUGAAAAAUAAUCAAGAAAGUAUAAUUAUUAAAUUAAUCUAGAUUUAUCUUCUGCUGAAAAACUUAUUACUGAAAGUUUAGAAAUUAAUCUUAAAAUUAUGGGAGAAUCUUCUUAAGAUAUUGCUGAUUGUUAUCAUUCAUUAGGAAAAAUUAAAGCAUAUAAUAAAAAUUCUAAUGAAUUUGAAUCAUAUUUUUAAAAAUCUCAACAGAUAUUAAAAAUAUUGUAUGGCCAAAGUCAUGCAAGUAUCGCAAUUAUUCUUAAUAAUUUUGGAAGAUCUUAUUUUGAAAGAAAAUAAUAUGAAGAAGCUGUAAAUUGUUUUGAAGAAUCUAUUAAAAUAUAUACAUAAUUAUGUGGCAAAAUGCAUGGUAAUCUAGCAAUUACACUUAAAAAUUGUGCAGAUUGCCAUAAAGAACUAGGUCGAUAUAAAUAAGCAUAUAUUGACUAUUAAAAGUCAUUAGAAAUAUAUUAGGUACACAUUAUAACAAAAAAUAGAACAUGUAAAUAAAUUCAUCUUAGGCAAAUUAAAUAUAAAAUUUAAUGUCCUAAAUCUCAGAUAAAUACUUAGAGGAUUGA